CAAAGACAUGCUGCAGCACCGUGUUAUUACGGCGUCUUCUGCUCCCAGGGGCCUCCGGCGCUCUGCACGCCUGCUCUGGUCUAUGCGGAGCCGGGGAGGCGCUCCGCAGGCCCCCGCGGGAUCUGGUGGGGGUGUGCUCAUAUUUAAGCGCUGACUGCUCAUAUUUUGCAUUUGACAGUUGCUGUGAAGCUGCACAAUCUGCGAUCAUGAGUUCCCACAAGGCCGCACCUCUGGGCUCCAUCGAGAAUCCGAUUAGGUUUCGGGACCAGGACUACGAAAAGCUCCUGCAGGGCUGUCUGCAGUCAGGUGUGCUCUUCUGUGAUCCAACUUUUGAGGCUGAGCAGAAGUCCAUCGGGAUGCCCGAAGACCCGAGUCCAGGAAAGGCAAUCAAAUGGAAGCGACCCAAGGACAUCCAUAAUGAUGCUGUGUUUGUGGAGGGCACCACUGGGACCACUGAUAUCUGUCAGGGACAACUUGGUAACUGUUGGCUGCUGGCGGCCCUUUCCUGCCUCACCAUUCACCGGCCUCUCUUUGUGAAGGUGGUGCCACCCAAGCAAACCCUGGACAAACCUUAUGCAGGGAUUUUCCAUUUUAGGUUCUGGCAGUAUGGUGAGUGGGUGGAGGUGGUGGUGGAUGACAGGCUGCCAGUACGUGAGGGCCGCCUGCUCUUCAGCUACUCAGACACUCGCCAUGAGUUUUGGAGCGCCCUGGUGGAGAAGGCCUAUGCCAAGUUAGUUGGAUCCUACGGGAGUCUGAAGGGAGGGAAUAUUUCAGAGGGCAUGGAGGAUUUCACCGGAGGCAUCGCAUACUCGCUUCCUGUCUCAUCCCGCACCCCUCCAGUCCUCUGGAGGUCGCUGACUGCUGCUCUGUCCAGAGGAAGCCUCCUCAGCUGCUUCAUCCAGGCAUUCAGCUAUCGUGAAAUUGGUAAAGUGACUGCAGAUGGGCUGGUAAAGGGCCACGCGUAUGCUAUCACUGACGCCGACAAGGUGACAAAAGCAUCAAAUAACAUUUUGCUUCUGAAACUGAGAAACCCCUGGGGCUUCAUUGAAUAUUCAGGACCCUGGAGCGAUAAGGGUAAAGAGUGGGAUGACUUGGACAAAUCAGAGAAGGAAAGACUUGAACUGAAAAAGAAAGAGGAUGGAGAGUUCUGGAUCAGUGUUGACGACUUCAGCAGGAUAUUCAACAUCGUGGAGCUGUGCAGUGUGAGCCCUGACUCUUUGGAGGGCGCAGGCACAACUGCCACCCCAUCUUCAUGGACUAUCAGUGAGAAUGAAGGAUCCUGGGUACCGGGGAGCUCUGCCGGUGGCAGCCGCAGAUUCAACAGAUCCUUCUGGAAGAAUCCACAGUUCCAGCUGUUACUCAAAGAACACGACCAAGAUGACGAGGAUGAUGAAGAUGAUGAUGAUGAUGAUGAUGAUAGUGAUGAUAGUGAUGAAGCUGAGACCAUGACUCCAGAGGAGAAGAAGAGAGCAGAGAAGCAGAAGCAGAAAGCCAAACAGUGCACACUGCUGGUGGAGCUCUUGCAGAAAAACCGCAGGAAGAAGAAUAAAACUAACUUCCUCUACAUAGGUUUCCACGUCUACAGGGUACCUCCUGAGCUGCAAGGUACCUGUCUGGACCGUAGAUUCUUCAUGAAAAAUCGCCCGGUGGGUCGUUCUGGGAAAUACAGGGCUCAGAGAGGUGUUUGGAGGAAACUACGUCUGGAUCCUGGUAAUUACAUCAUCGUAGGAUCCACUUAUCGGCCAAACCAGCCUGCGGAGUUCUUUAUCCGCACUUUCGCCAAGACCAGAAACACUCUUGGGGCACAAGAGUUCAUCUGCUCCUCCAGCUACCUCCCUGUUAUGGCCACCCCUGUCUCCCCUGAAGAUCACAGACGGGUUGAGAGCACUUUUGAUGAGAAUGCUGGCAUGGAUGACAGGCUGAAUGCCAAAGACAUCAUGAAGCUGUUCAACUCAGUUAUCUACAAAGGUUACCAACUGCCACUGGAGACAUGCAGGCAGAUCAUCUUCGGAGUGGAUACUAAGGGACGCGCCACUCUCAGCCGGGAGCAAGCAGAAGCCUUGCUGUCAGAUCUGCGCAAAAUACAGUCCAUCUUUGUUCAGUUUGAUGAGGACUCUUCUGGGACCAUGAGCCUCUUUGAGCUCAACACCGCUCUGGAAGCUAUUGGAAUGCAGUGUGAUAACAAGGUAGUCCAGCUGGUGUCCGAGCGAUUUGCAUCUGGAGAGCCUCACAUGCCAUUCCACUGCUUUGUGUCCUGUGUAACCAGGCUCCGCAAGCUUUUUGCCCUGUAUGAAGCAGAAACCAGCCAGGAGGUGAAAAACAGAGGCAUCAAUUCUUGGCUGCUUCAGUUUCUGACAGUGUGAAGCUCCUGCAUGUAGAACAGCUUCACACGGAUCAAGGCAAGCUGAUAUAUAAACAAAUGGCAUACACUUAUAAAGUGUUUUUUUUCUUUUUGUUUUGUUUUGUUUUUUUAACUAAAAAAUGCUGCGGCCUUGCAGGAGCAUUGAUUUUCUCUUUCUGGCUUUCAUAUCAAUGCUUGUCAUGUAUACUUUUUAUCAGUAAAGAUAAGUUUCAAAAAUAACAAAGACAAAACUGGUUGCAAAGUGCUUUGCAAAUUGAGAAAUGAAAACCAAAAUAGACAAUUUACGAGUUUUAUGAACUUAUACAACACCACAUGUUACUGAGCUUGGAAGAUCCUAUUUCUUUCUUGAGGUGCUCCUGCAACCUGACUGCAGUCCAAGUGUGCAUAACGGAGUUAACUGAACAUAAUUAAGAAAUAAUAAAAACCUGUCUUUGUGAGGUCUCACUGUGGGUGGUACUGUAUGUUUGCUGUGAGUGUCACAGGGAAACCAAGCCGAUAGGUUGAGAGAAUUGUUCACUGAACUGUGAAGCACAACAUCAAGAUCUGAGGAAGGGCACAAGCAAAAUUAUGCAGCACUUAAAAUGCUCCAAAGCACAAAAAACCUCCAUCAUUUUAAAGUGGAAAAAGCUGGGAACCACUGAAAAACAUUUUGAUCUGACUACAAAAUGAGAAUGAAUUGCUUUAAACAGACUAAUAAGCAACUAAUGGUCACUAUGAAUGCAAUGCAGAGUUUUUCUGAGAAAACUGGGCAACCUUGAAAAAGGGAUUGUCAUCAGGCAUUUAUGUUGUUGUGACCAAACAGAAGUUGUUCCUACCUGAACAACUCAAGGAACAAAAGAAACCACACCCAUGUAACGCUUAAAACAAAUAUUGAGCCUUUUUCCCACAAUUCCCUACACUGUAAGCAGGAAACAAGGCUCUGUGCACCAUCUGAUUAGGGUUAGCUUAACAGUCAAAUGUAGGAAUUACAGCAUGAUUUUCUGGGAAGCGUGCUCCUGAGGCAGAUAUAGUUAGACUCAUCAGAAUAAAGGGGGAAAUGGGAGAAGAAAAUAUAGAGCUCAAUAUGCAAUUCAUAUAUCCCACCUUCCAUCCCCAUUAUGCCUUUACUAUCUCUCAAGGUGGAACAGGGUGGAACACCUAUGCAAGGUGUACCACCAGAGAGCAACAUGUAUAGACUCCAGGCUCCUGAAUAGUGCUAACGUUUGUAUAGAUGAUGGAUGGAUGUAUAUUUCAGUCAUUUAUUUAGUUUACAUUUAUAAUAGCAGAUUAUUUAUAGUGGUAAGCCCUAAAGGGAAAAGCCAAAAGAACAAGAAACAGUUUUUACAUUUAGAAAACACUGAAAUAAAUCAUGCCUUGUGUUGGACUAGUGAUCUGUCCAGGGUUUACCCCUACUUACUCUCAAAGAAAGCUGGUAUCUGCUUCAUACACUACUAUGACCUUUGUAUUUAUGUUUUUGCUUCAAUAAUUAAAAAUAACUAAAACGAGUGUUCUGCAGUUGCAAUUUUUAAAAAGUGCAAUGAUUCCUAUUUUCUAAGAGCUGACAGAUGUGUUUGAAAAAUACAAAAUUAAUCUGAUCACAGCUGCAAUUACACAGCUGGGAAUUAAAAUACCGCACACGGACCGUUUACUCAUCCUUGGACACAUUCACAUACUCCGUAAAAAAUACGGACACAUGUAUGCACUCACUGCCGCACAGGCAGAGUGAGUCCUGCCCCACUGAGGGUGUGAGGGUGAUGUCUCAGCUAUACGCACCAUCUCUAUUAUUAUCACGCUGACGCCACGUACAGCGUCAACGCUCACUCGCCCCCUCCUCCACGACAUUCCCUCACUCCUUCCAUCCAUCCUGCACUCUUUCUCCCCCUCCUGUUCUCUCUAGUAACUGUCUGAGUCUCACAAUCUGCAUCAUUCCCCUCCUCCUCGUUACAUGCCUGCUUCUUUCGCUUACACACACAAACACACGCACACACGCAUAUCCACAUGCAAGCAAAUGUCCUUUCUACACAUGGUUCUAUUAAUAGCUCCUUUACACACACACAACUUCCUGUUCAUCGUUAGGUGAGUACACACAGGUUGCCCUCGGCAACGGUCCAUUUACAUUGUGAUAGAGAAAGCAGGAGACAAUGGGGAGAGAGAAAGGGACCCUAAGAGUCCUCUUAGUAUUUGGCCUCCUUUUCACCGCAGCCUGCAUCAUCGUUUUGUUUUCUUUCCUCAGAAAUAUUCUGCUUCUCCUUAUUUGUAUGUCUAUGGUCUGGAUAAGGUGUGUAAUAUGAAUUAUAUGUUGUACUCACAAGACACAUGCACUCUUAAACACGCUCCCUGUCUCU